AUGAAAAACAGGGGAAAAAGAGAGCUUGAAGCAUAUAACAACAACAACAAUAAUGGAGAUUACUUUGGUGAAACUUUCCCAGAAUUUCCAUGUAAAAAACAUCCAUCUUCAUCAUCUUCAUCUUCUUCAGGUGGGAUUUGUGCUUAUUGUCUUACUGAUAGGCUAAAUCAACUAGUUUGCCAAGAAUGUGGUGAACAGAAACUUUCUGCAUAUUGUUCUUGCUCACAGAUAUUCACAAACACUAGUUCCACCACUACUGAUGUUGGAAGAAUCUCAUUCCUACUUGAAAAUGAAAAGAGUUCUCAGUUUUCGACAUCGAAGCCGAAAACUGAGCCGAAAUCAUCUGAUAAUAACAAUGAUUUUAGCCAUCUAAGAAGAAGCAAUAGCAUUUCUGUUGGUGCUGUGAAUAAUGGGUCAAGAUCAGAAACAACAGGAAAGUUUUGGAAGAUAGGGAGAUUAUUGUUUAGGAAAAAAAGAGACAGAAACAACCAAAAUAACAACUACAACAACAGUAACCAAAACAUUAAUGAAGAAAAUUAUGAGUGUAAUGGGGUUUCGAGAUCAAGAUCACUUUGUAGCUUUAGAGGGUUCUAUGAUACUGAUCAAGAAAACGGUGGAUUUCUUCUGUCUUCAUCAUCAGCUGCAAGAGCUUCAAGUGUAAGCACAGGGAACUUUGUGUUAGAUUCUGCAAAAAGAAGCUGUUUUAGUGAAUCAGAAGCAAGGAUUAGCAACUUUGAGUAUUGUGAUGCUUCUAAUUUCAUUAAUCCGUUAAACAAGAACAACAAUAGUAUUUUCUCAUUAAAAGAGACUGAGUUUGUUGUGAGUAGUGAAGAAGAUCAUGCUUUUAUUGAUUUGAAGUUACAUGAUGUUUUAUCAUCAGAUAAUAAUAAUUCUUCAAAAGUGCCUGAUCUUGCUGCUUUGAAGAGAAAUGGAUUAGGAUUAUCAACUAAAGAAUUCGGGUUUAGGGGAGGAGGAGGUGAUCAUGUUUUGAGGCAUCAUGAGAUGUUGAAAAAUGGUGGAGGUUCAUGUAGGAUUAGUAGGGUUAGUGAAAGAGAAUUGAGAAAAUGCAGAAAGAGUUACAAGGUUUGGAGAUGGUUUUUCAGACAUCAGGAAAAUUCUGGCAAAUUUGAUGAUCAUACUUUCAAGUCUUAG